AUGGUUUUCGCUCCUACUCUCCGCCGGGCUGCGGCCCAAGCUGGCACUGCCUUCGGUCCCAAGAUCGCUAUUCCUCCCCGCGUCGCUGGCUUCGACAUGAAGAGCGCCAUCAAUGCCGGCACUCUGGCUGCUAGCUUCGGUGUCUUCGCCGGUACCGCCGCUCUCUUCAUGCUCGGCGAUGUCCCCCGUGUCCGUCGCGAUAUCCUCCAGCAGCUCCCCUUCCUGGACAACUACCUCGACCGCACCAUCCCCCCUGAGGACAACCCCUUCUAA